AUCUCCCAGCUGCCGCCCUGCAGUUAGUCUGGACUCCGGACCCUAAGACAUUAUUGCGCUUAUUCCGGCUGAUGGAGCUUGUUCUUACAAGAUGGGUUGCUGCUUUUCCUCGUCGCGAGACAACGAUAAUCCUGCCUAUGCAGCACAGGUAGCCACGGAAGAGCGGCGCCGCGAAUCGUCCCCUCACCGAGCGAUUGCAACCAGCAACGCGCUCUCUGCCACCAACACUUCCACCAGCACGCGCGUUGCCCGGACUAGUCGAUCCGACCCUCACUCACUCAGUCAGCAUUAUAAUGCGCCGAUCCGUCGUCAUGUCUGGUAUAGCAAACGACGAAUGUGGAGUCGGGCUGCGCUUGACCAAGAGCGCACUGCGUUCUUUGAGACCAGAGUAACGGGUCGUCCGGAAAUUUGGGCUGCUCUGUCUGCAGCAGUGUCUCUGAUGCGAGCUGGUGAUAUCCCAACAGCACAGACCAUUAUCGACGCAGCCGGCAUUACCGUUCCAACGGGCGAUCUCUGCCAGGGUUGCUACGACGAACAAGGCGCCCUCUACCGAUUACCGCAAUGCAUCGUGAGCGAUCCAGAGAAUCUGGUCCGAUCAAUUCAGGAUCAGGACGACGAAUUCGACACCGACGACGGUAGGUUAUCUUCCGAUGAAGCGUCGGGAGAUGACCUGAUCGCAAACAACGUAGACCUCGAACGUCGCCGGGAUGAAAAGGGUAAAACCAGCGAGCGAGAUCUGAUCCGAGUGCGAGCACGACUGAGCGAUCGCGGUGGUCCGGACGUUGAUCUGUCGGUGGGCAAGACUCAGAAUGUUGGCUUUGUUGCCCGCAAAGUGCAGCAGGAGGCAGGGAUCCCUCGCACUCACCGUGUGAAAAUCGUGUACUUGGGCAAGGUCCUAAAGGAGCAUGAGCCCCUGGUGGACCAAGGUUGGAACCCCAGCCAUGUGAUCAACGCAUUAGUUGUCCCGCGGCAUGUCCUCUCAUGACAGCUCACGAACGGUUGAGAACGUGCUCGAUCAAUCUGACGUCUCCCAUGCUCAUGCACAUUCUACCAGUUCAUGCGGAUUUCUUCCGACAGAUCAGAGUGCCAAGGCAGUGGCCGGCAUGAAACGAUUCUGUUGGUCAAAAUCAACCAACCCCCCAACCUCACACAUACAGUUUCGACCCUUACCGCAUCUUCCAGAGGAUUUGAUUGUUUACUUUCAACCGCA